UAAAGUUGAACUGUCAAGAGCAAAAAUUGUGACUCGGGGAUGGAGAAUCUACGAAACCGAUUACUCCGGAGGACUAGCAUCCGCUAGGAAUUCUAAAGCAGCCGAUGUUCGGCUGACAUGGACAAACGCUUCAACGACAUUCCGAAACCAAAAUACGUUCCUCUGGAGAAGCUGAUCGGGAGUCGUGAACACAAGAUGCACUCGAAUGGCGAUCAUCGCUCGCCCGCAGAACGAGCGGAUACAUCGGGCAACCUUCAAAUUCCAUAUGACGAUUUUGUUUUUGAAGUCGGCUCCCCUGUGGGGGUGAUGCUCCCGCCGGAUCUACGACUCGGCAGCAACGCUGGCGGCGGUAUGGCCUACGGUGUUGUUCGGUGGGCUGGUUACAUAAACGAUGAGCCGAUGCUUGGCCUGGAAAUGGAUGAAGACGCUUUCAACGGGGGCUAUCUGAACGACGUCUUCUACUUCGAAUGCGAGCCCGGGAAAGGUUUUUUCGCGAGACCGGAACAAUGUGUUCCGGACGAACGGAUUCAGCAAAUGACGCUCAUGGACGAGAGUCCCCACGACGACCACGCUCUUACCGUUGCUCACGACUCGCUCCCAGGCGAUUUCCCACCAUUGUUCAAUGUGGUUAACAGUAAAGAUCUCUCGUUGUUGGUUGGCCGAUGCAAAGGAAUACAGGGUCAUCAUAAUUCUUGUUACCUCGAUGCGACGCUUUUCGCGAUGUUCACCACAACCUCCGUGUUCGAUUUUAUAUUGGAUCGCCCUAGGGAAGAAGGAGACAUUCCAGAAUACGAAGAAGUGACAAGGGUGCUAAAAGAAGAUAUAGUGAACUCGUUACGUGUGCAUCGUUUCGUCGGCGCUGCUCAGGUGAUGAAACUCCGGGAGCUCCUCGACAAGUUGGGCUCGGUAUCGGGCCUGACAUGCGAGGAGAAGGAUCCUGAAGAGUUCCUGAAUUGUCUCACACAGAUGCUCCAGGUCGAACCGUUCCUCCAUCUGAGCUCGGGACAGUCAGCUCAUCUGUAUCAAAUGUUCGUGGAAAAAGAUGAAGACCUUGGCUUGCCAUGGUUCCAGCAAAUCCUAGAACAGAGCUUCUUCCAGCAAGAAUUGAAACUUCAACAGAUGCCUUCGGUGUUUAUAGUCCAAAUGCCACGGUUCGGGAGACAAUUUAAGGUGUACCCACGAGUAUUGCCGAGCUUCCAGCUCGACAUGACAGAUCUUCUGAUGAACUCCCCGCGUCCUUGUCAUAUAUGUGCGAGCCUUGCACAUCUUGAAUGCAUCAGCUGCUACCAACAAACAAAAUCCAUAGAGAAGAGCACUUUCUGUGAUGCUUGCUAUAACAGGAAACAUCUCCGCCUCUCGAGUCAUCAGGCGAGUUCGAAGCGACUCACGGUCUCAGCCGGAUUCCAGGACUUUUCUUCAACGAAACACCUACCGCGACAAACCAUGGAGCUUUUCGCUCUUUUGUGCAUCGAAACAAGCCAUUAUGUUGCUUUUGUUAAGUGUGGUCAACAGUCCAACAGUCCUUGGGUUUUCUUCGACUCGAUGGCCGACAGACAAGGGCAGAACAAUAUCCCUGAAGUAGUCAAUUGCGACGAAAUCUAUGAGUGGCUGCACCCGGAGAAGUUAGUCGCGCAUCCGGACGACCGGAGCCUCCCACCUCUAGUGAAGAAGAUCGUAUCCGACGCCUACAUGUGUUUCUAUCGGAGCAACUCCGUGGCGAUGUACAACUGAGCUCCUAUUGAGCAUCAGAGGCUGUCUCCCAAUCAAGGGGCAUGCCAUGUUGGGGAUUGGUCUCCAGCCCACGCCGACGCGAGCGACCCGGAGUAAAGACACACCGGGAGCACUCUCGAGCCCGCAAUACCGGAGUGCUACCACUGCUCGUAAUGAUGUUCGGGAAAGGCCAUGACUACAUCAUGCAGGCAACGCCGAGCAAAACUCCGAGCACGCGCUCCAAGGUCCCAGGGAGAGGCAUCGGAAUCCAUGAAGUGAUGAAGUUUUUUAUGAUUUCCAACUAUUGUAUGUAAUCCUGGUUCGGGAGCGUUACCAUCCGUGCUAU